AAGCUUUCUCUAGUCCAACUGUGCCAAGUGGCAGGCAACUUAAGGUCUCCCUGGGAAGAGAAUCUCAGCAGAUCUUCCUCCUGUCAGUGCGGCCCAGGAAGGCCAGGCACAGGGCUCGGAGACAGGAAACUGUGACGUGUGUUCUUGGGCAGGGUCUGUGGUUUCGGAACCUUUUUCUGAAAGGGACGAGAGAGCACUCUGCAGCAUUUGCUAAUCUGAGAGGCUGGUGUGCUGGGCUGAGCUGGUCAGGAUGCAGCAGGUUCUCAUGGGCAGCAGGCUGGUCCUGGUUCUCGCCUUCGUCCUGGUUUGGGGAUCUUCGGUUCAAGGUUACCCUGCUCGGAGAGCCAGGUACCAGUGGGUACGCUGCAAUCCUGAGGGCAACUCUGCAAACUGUGUGGAGGAGAAAGGACCAAUGUUUGACCUCAUCAUGGAUGCAUCCAACAACCUCCGCCCAUCGAUGACCCAUUCUGCUUUGAUGAGAGGAUUCCCAGAUGAUAUCUUCCCUAUUUCUGAAGACAUUUCUGGGUCAGGCUCUGGUUCAGGUUCAGGCUCUGGCUCUGGGUCAGGCUCUGGCUCUGGUUCCGGCUCUGGAAGUGGCUUCCUAGCUGACCUCGAAUGGGAGUACCAGCCAGCAGAUGAAAGCGAUGCUGUCUAUUACAACUAUAGGCCUUUAGACAGGAUGCUCCAUGAGCAAAACCAAGAGCAACCAGAAGAUCUGAUUAUAUGAAAGUGACCGUUUCUGCUCCCCACAUCCACACCAAACGAUAUAGUCAGUAUACUUUGUGUAUUACAUUUAAAUGAUCAGUCUUGGGAUAAAGAGUUUUACAUGAAAUUUAAAAUACCUGGAAAUGACUCUUAAAUCCUGUCAGCUUUUCCUCGUGAAUUCUUAAGGAAUUAUGCUUAAAUGCUGUUACUGCCCUGGAAAAUAUCUGCACUUAUAUGUGUAUUGAAUAAACUUUAUGAAAUUAACUCCCACCCCAUUAUUAUACAACAGCCUUUAAAAGCCACGCUGUUUUUGAAAAAUUCAAUUUGAAUAGCAAAUUGAUGAACAAUAUUUUAUGCCAAAAGUGUUCAGGAACUCUUGACUCGUAUUGUGAAUGACUGAAAUGCUCCGUUUUAUGAUUAAAAAUAAAUAAAGUGAAACCAUGACCUCCUCCAAUGGCUACAUGGUUUAGAGUGGUGACUUCAUUGUGCUAUGGCCAUCAGAUGUGAUGGAGAAGCGGUGAAUGUGGUUUAUCAAAAAAGAUUGUGGAUCGUACAGUUAGCAGCUUAACACCUCACGUAACACAGAGUGUGGUCUCAAUGCUUCACAAUGCUUGCCCCUUUCCCCUAGAUGCCUGUUUAAUUUCAAAUGUUAACUCCAUUAAAGCAAAGA